CUCAAGGCGGGUGGGCCUUUCCCAGUGGGUUUUUGUUAAACUUAAACAGUUUAAACUUGUUCGUGUAUAAAUUAAGUCUUCUGCAUUCUGCAUACUAGUUUUGCUUUGGUUUAGCUGGGAUUACUGGGAGAUAUCUUCGUUAAAGUCCGUCAUUCUUUCUUUUGUUGUUGUAAUAAGGCGAGUGAUUUUCCGUUUGUUAGUACUUCAAUUAAAAUCUAUACUGCUGCCGUAACGAUGUCGCUGUACCCUUCUCUGGAGGACAUGAAGGUGGACACGAUGGUGCGGGCCCAGAUGGCCCAGCAUCAAGGUCCACCACCCUACACUCACAGCCACCAGCCAGUGGCAGCUGCCCCAUCCGCCCCUGCCCCAACUAGCCACUUCUACCCCUCCUUGGGAGAAUACAUGGGCCUUGAGUUCUCUGAAAGUGUCAUAGCUGCGAAUAUGCCAGAAUAUCGAGUGCAAACCGUUCAAUCUGGAGGUGCAGUAAGCAACCUAAUAGCUCCCCUGUCAUCUCAAUCAGUGUCCCUACCGAAAGCUACUGUAACCAAUGCCAUAAGGCAGGUGGUUAUCUGCAAAGAUGCAGAUGGCAAGUGUGGGGUCCGUCUGCAUUCCGUCAACAGUGGUGUGUUCGUGUGCUACAUUGCUGCUGGGAGCCCUGCAGCUCUGGCCGGGCUCAGGUUUGGAGACCAAGUGCUGGAAAUCAACGAUGUGGCACUUGCUGGCAUGACUAUGGAGAAGUGCCAUGAGUUGUUACGAAAGGCGCCUGUUAAUGGAAUCACUAUGGCAGUGCGGGACAGGCCUUUCGAGAGGACUAUUACCCUGCACAAAGACUCCAUUGGACAUGUGGGCUUCCACUUCAAAGACGGGAAGGUUGUGGGCCUAGUGAAGGAUUCAUCUGCGGCUCGUAACGGAAUGCUGACCGACCAUCAGCUUAUGGAAGUGAACACAAUCAAUGUUGUUGGAAUGAAAGAUAAAGAGAUAUCAAAAGUCAUUGAUAACAGCCCGUCUGUUGUAAACAUAACAAUUAUUCCACACUAUAUUUACAAGCAUAUGAUAAGCAAGAUGUCUUCGUCACUGUUCAAGGAGCUUGAUCGUACACCAGCUGUCUAAGUUAUUUUUUUAUACACGAAUUAUCUUAUAUGUAAGGCUCAACUAUACAUGCAUUUCUUUAGUCACGAAUUUAUUAAGAGGUAACACAUUUAUCGUAAUUGGCACAGUUAUUUUUAGAAAGUCAGAACUCAUCUCUUUCAUUGGUUAAGCUUAGUUUAUUUUUAAACCUAUUGCAUAUAUUUAAUUGUGUUGUUCUAACUUAAAAAGUAACACUUUGCCAGUUAUCAAUUAGGAUAACUUCUAUUUGCAUCUACAAUCAAAGUGGUACAUUUUCUGCCUAAGAAGAACGCAACAAAUUUAUGCUAUUUUAGUCUUCAGGGGCUGUGAAUUGAGAUUGUUUCAAGGCAAGUAGCUAGUGGCAGUAAGACCUAUCUAACAGAAUUACCGCUGUCCGGGUACACGGUGCUAAUUAGACUGCCCUAGUUUUGCUUAUUUAGUAGGUAAAGAACUUGUGAGUCACCAUAACUGACCAGAAUUUGCGGUCCGUUGUGAAAGAUACCGCAUGAGUCACUAGGCAUGAACGUAAUGAACAGAAACUAUGUGAUAUCAUUAAAGGGAGGAAGUGAAGGUCGAAUGUCGCAAUUUUUUUUUAUGUUUGGACGUACGUAAGAAUAAUGCCGGUGUCUUAACAUUUAUAAAGACUUAAGUUCUAUAAAUAAGUAAAUAUCGUUGGGGCAAACUAAAUCUCGAAGUAAAGCUGACAUUAUUUUUUUAACCGUGUAGCCAUUUUGCGACACAGUUUUUGUUAGAUCAGGUUUAUGUAAAGCAUCAAAAAGCAAUGUCAAAAAUAAUAUUUAAUACCUUUAACUUUCUGUCUAGUAACACUCAUGACAAUCAUGACUGGGUAGGGUAUUUGGUACCUACUCCUGAAUACCCAUAUUAGUAAUACACAAGUACCUAUACACUUCUAAUUAAAAGACUGGGAUUUU